AUGGAGUACGUCAUAGAAAGCAUGAGCCGAGAGGAGCUGCGAACCCUGCUGGACGACAACAAAGCCUGGGAGCGAGUUGUGGCCGAAGCUGGCCUGUCCAGGGAUGAGGCAGACGAACUACAGAAAGCUCUGAACAAGCUUUGCAAAGUCAUGGCCGCCGAGGGCACAGAUGGGUUUAAAAAAAAGUUGUCGGAUACAAAGAGGUUAUUGAGAGAGUUUCCUCAGGUGAAGAUGGAGCUUGAAAAAUGUAUAAGAGAGCUCCAUAACCUUGCAGACAAGAUACAGAAGACCCACAGGAAGUGCACCAUCUCCAGUGUGGUGGCCAACUCUACUGGCAUCGUCUCUGGUGCCCUGACCAUCACUGGCCUGGUCUUGGCACCUGUGACAGCAGGUUUCAGUCUGGGGCUCAUGGCAACGGGCACAGGCUUGGGAACAGUAGCUGCAGCUGCUAAUGUGUCCACCACUAUUCUGGACUACUCAAUAACUUUAUCAGCAAAAGUCAGAGCCAGCAAGCUGGCAGCAACUGGAAAUGAUGUACAGAAGGAAGUUUUGAAGACUGUGGUUCAGAACCCGAUCAAAUUGGGUUCCAUCAUAGAGAGCUGCAUCCAAGAUGUACAAGUCAUUAAGAAGAACAUCAAAGCCAUCAAGCUGGCCCAUGCCAACCCUAAAUUGGCAGCCAAUGCCAAGGUUUUCACGGCUGGUGGAAACCUCUCGAUCCAGGAAAGUUUGGAGGUGCAGAAAGCCUUUAAGGACACUGUACUCUCAAUGACCAAAGGAGCCCGAAUCAUGGGUAUGGCCACCACAGGCCUGUCCCUUCUGGGAAACGUGGUCAGCCUUGUGAGAGAAUCAAAGCACUUGUAUGAGGGGGCAAAGGCAGAGUCAGCUGAAGAGCUGAGGCUGAAGGCUGAGAUGAUGGAGAUGCAGCUGGAGGCUCUCAUUCAGGUCUAUGAGAUUCUGCAGAGCCUGGGGCAGGAAAAGCCUCAGCAGUACAGGGAGCAGGAGGGCUGUCAAAAGGGGGGAAGCAUUUUAUGA